GAGUCAGCUGCGCAUUACAUAUGUACACACACACAUAUAUAUCAUCCAUAGUCAUGUACAUAUAUACGCAUAUAAUGUGUCAAGGACUGCACCGGGUCUCGAACGCGGCGAUCCGUCACUGAUAGUCCGCACGGACACAUGACGUGGCUGGGACGUGCGGAUUGUCACGGCCACUUGACUUGACAAGCAGAAGUGGCGCGCAACUGGUCUCAAUCCUUCCGCGCCGCACACAAAUCGUUCAUCGAGCGACGACGAUCGCGCAAACAUGCCAUUCCGGACCGUUCCGAUUACCGCCAGGACACAACACGCUAACGUUGCAUGGGCCACCGUCUAAUUGAAGAAAGAAAAUGUGGGCAAGGAGACCAUUCUGAAAGUAACGGACUGGUUACGCGGAAUUUGGGAAAUGAAACGGCGCACCGCUGGGCCGGUUCAACAAUGGAUUGACUCAAUACCGUUGUCCACGAGGUCGGAGAUCGCCGUUGCGAGCGAGUGCCGGGAAAAAAAAGAAAUUCCGAAAUCGACUGGGCCCAAGGACAUUCCGUUUUCUAAAACUUCCAAGCUCCCAAGCAUGACUAUAUCAGCGCCUAUUAACGUUCCUAAUUCUCCAGCAAUGAGCGCACCACCGAUGCUUCCUAGUUCACUUCCUUAUCACAGACUGGCGCGGGACGCGAGUUUUCAGUCGGACAGCAGUCAUUGCAGUAGCGUCGAGAGUUUACUAGAAUUACGGAAAGCGGAUCCGACAGCGAUCUUGCUCGAUCUUGGUUUCGGCGGUUGCACCGCCUGUCCGCAGGAUGACGGUCCGCUCUCUCGUAUUCCUAAGAGAUUUCUUCAGCCGUCGUCAUUGCCGGGAAUUGCCAUAGACGAUUUUCUUAAACAGCAGCAAGAGACCAGCGAAUCCUUCGAUUCCGUAUCUUUAGGGUAUAGAGGCCUAACCGGCUCGCCACAUGUAGCCCCGUCAGAAAUUGUACAAAAAAUUAUGGAACGUUUGCGGGAGCACGAGAGUCACGAUGCGGAUACGAAUUUGUAUAAUUACGAGCAAUACAGUCCAAUAUGUCAUAAUGGAACGUUAUCCGUGCUGUCGCCCGACAAUAGACAGUUUUUGGAACAACCGCGGUCUAAAAGUCCUGAUAUGCGCAACAAACGUAUGAUCAUAGGACAAAAAUCAUUUGCUUUCGGACAUGACGGGAAUUUAAUCGAAUUACCGUCCGUUACCACGAAACCUACGUCCAAUGAUGCAGAAAAUGAUAAUCAUAACAACUCAGACAUUAGCGAAGAAUUCGCAGAAUCAAGGCAAUCAUCUCUAGAAGAAAAUAUAACGUUUGAAUAUCGGAAUAUUUCGAAGAAUGAUAAGAAACAAUUGGUAAAACAAUUGUCAUUCGAAUUUGUGGAAACUGAGCAAUUGUCGAAAAACAAUCGGAAGACAACGCUAAGUAGCUCACACCUUGCUCAAAGUGAAACGAACUCGGAUGAUAACGAGCAACAAUGCAAUAAAUCGUCAAGUGUAAUUCCUAAAUAUGAGUUUACUGAUACUCGAAGAUCGAGCGACGGUUCCUGCAUUAAAUCCAUGAAUAAUAAAAUAUCCGACGACGGACGAAGAUUUAGUGAUAGCGCGGUGUGCACUAUAAAGAGCCUAAGUACAGAAUGCACGUUGAUGCAAAAGAGAAAAAGCUUUAAAAGACAGUCUAGAGUAUGUGAUACAACUGCAAUACAUUAUUGCGAUUUGAGUCCUAUUAGUUCUAGCGUAUCGAAUGCAAUAUCUGAAUCUCACGUAGACUAUGAAAAUAAAAUAUCGAAUGACGAAACAUCUCUCUACGAUAGAGCACACAAAUUAAAUAUACCAAUAUUAAUCGAAGCAACCGAAGUUAAAAAAGAUACAGAUUCAAAGACGGAUACGGAAUCUUUGCCUGAAGAAUCUAAUUGUACAUCCUCGGUGCCGAAAUUUGGUCAAUCUCUCGUCAAGAUAGAACACUUUGAAGCUGCGGAAAAAGACGCACCGAGCGAUCAUUCUUCCGCAGAGGAAGAUAAAAUUUGUUGCUUCAAAGGUAAGAUAUGCAAAAAUUGCAAACAGAGUAAAAAUUGUCCGGAUUGCGGAUGUCACGUUGACAAACAAAAGUACUUGAAAAAAAUGGAAAAGAUUAUGCAAAAGAAUAAAAAAUUAGAGGAUAUGUUAGCAAGAAGUAGAAAAGAGAUGGCGGAAAUACGCGAUAUGCUGAGUAGUGUUUUAUCAGUAAGGAUGGAACCAGGAUUUUAAUCUGGUUUAUAUUAGAAGAGUAGAUUGAUUAUUUCGAGAUAGAAGAGAAAAAUGUUAGCUAUAGGCGUCACUUUUGUGACAUAGGCGAAUGUGACUAGGAAAAAAAAAUAUUUCAAUAGUCUACAAAAUCUCUCGAGCUUUCUAUUUAGUACUCUAAACUGAUCUAUUCUUCUAUUUUGAAAAUCAAAAUAUUUUCGAAGUCUACAUUUUACAAGAUUGUACUAACAAAGAAGAUAUUUCUACAACCUAAUGUACAUAUGUGAAAAUCAAUCGUUUUUUUAGCAUCUAUAUUUAGUUAAAACUAUCGAAGAUAAAUAUACCGCACAUUUAAUUACCUCUGUGCUAAAUGCAAAAUAUUAGCAUGGCAUAUAUCUUUAUAUACAUAUUACAUCCCUAUUUAUAAUUCUAUAUUGUUGUAACCAUAGAUGUAUAUAUAUUUUUUAUACAUUUUAUUUUAUCACGAGUUAUAAAUAAGGAUAAAAAAUCCUGUUUAUUCAGAUUUUAUUUAGUGCUCGGCACAAGACCAAAAACAAAAGAGCGAAACCAAUUUUUAUCUACAAUUAUAGUAAAUGUAAGUAAUAAUAAUUUUGUUUUUCUUACGUUUUAAUUGCUUGAUGUAUAAAAUCAUACGCACAUAUUACGUAUUUCUGUUAUAAUACACAUGUUAAGUUUGUCAAAUUAAUGCUUGUUAAUUUUAAUUAUGAUUAAGUUUAUCUCUAUUUAUCUUUUGUGAUUAACAAACAGCGGUUUGUUUUAUUCAUAUUUGAUUGUUUUUAUAAUUUAUAUUUAAUAUUUUAAGCACAUACUCACUUAUGUGUGCGUAAAAUAUAUACAAAUUUACUAUCUAUAAUGAACAUAAGUGAAAUAUUAAUGAAAACAUUUGAUAUUUCUGUCACUUUUGCAAAAUUAAUAUAAUCGUAAUAAGUUUUAACCGUUUUGUAAAAUGUAACUUACAUAUAAUUUUGAAAUCAUUUCAUAUUUUAGGUAAAAAAAACAAACAAAAAAAACCAAAAAACAAAAAAAACAAAUAUAACAUCUAGUCUUCUACAACUAUCAUCAACAUUUAGUGAUAUAAGAAAAAAAUAUUAAAUAUCUUUGUUUUCCUAAAGAAUUUAAGAUAUAUAUAUAAUUAAAUUUCAGAUUACGAUUAUUGAGACUCAAUUUUACGCUGCCAUAUUAAAGUCAAUAGUAUUUCUUAAUUAUAAGCAUACGAUAUGCUUACGUAAAGAUUUAUAUAAAUUAUAUAUAAUGUAAUUAUAGAUGAUACACUUACUCGGUUUCUCUAUUUUUUGUUUAACAUAUAUAAAGCGCUCAACAACCACUAUAUUAAAAUUUCCUUAUUAUAUGUGUAAAAAACGAACACAGGUUUGUUGAUAAACUUGUACACUUUAUAUAUAUAUAUAUUAUAUAUAU